ACCCAUUCUGGGACAGAAGCCAAUUCAGCUGCUCCAACUCAGACUGAUUUUACACAUAAGCCAGAUAUAACAGUCUCAUUGGUCACCCAUUCUGCAGAGACCAGCCCAAACACCUCUGUCCCCACAACACCUCUUGUUUUUUCCAAAAGUGAACCAGAUACCACACACUCAAUAGCCACCAGUCUUGGGGCAGAAGUCAGUUCAGUUGUUCCAAGUCCAACCAUCUCCCCUGGUGUACCAGAUAUGAUGACCUCCCAGGCCCCUAGUUCUGAGACAGAUGCUGAUAUGACUAUUCCAAGUCUGGCUCUUUCUCCUAGUGAACCAGAAACCACAGCCUUAUUGGUCACCCAGUACAGUACAAAGACAAUCACGAAUUUUCCUAGUUCAACUGCUUUUCCUCACUUACCAGAGACCAUAGCCUCACUAUCCAUCCGGCCUCAGCUGGAGAUUAGUGCAGCUCUUCCAACUCAGACUGUUUCCCCCAGUCCAGCAGAAAUAACAUCCUUCACCACGCCUGUGACCAAGACCAGUGGAGGUGAUCUAGGUCCAACUAUCUCACUUGGUGUUCCUGCGGAAACAGCCUCACCCUCCAUCCAUCCUGGCACAGACAUCGGCACAGCUAUUUCAACCUCAACUCUUUCCCCCAUUUUACUGGUGACCACAGGCUCACUGGCCUCCAGCCCUGCAUCAGAUGCCAGCACCAGUAUCCCAACUUUGACUCCUGGUGUUCUUGGGCCUGUCAGUACCCCUGCAACCACUGGUGAAACCUCACCACCUGUGACUUCAGUUGGAUUCCCUGAAUUGUCCAAAACUAUGACUCUGAUAGCAUCAGAGACCCCAACACCACCAAAAACUGGUCACAAAGAAGGACUGAGUUCAACCACUGUCCUGAAAACUACAACCCUUGAUACCACCAAUGUAGCUGCUACAGGUUCAGGCCCCAUCAUGGCAGAGAACACAACCACCUUCAGUACAUCAGCAGGAAGUCCUUUUGUCCCUGAGACCUCACCUGGGACAUCCACCAUGACCUCUCUCAGUGUGACUUCAGAAACAGCUGCAGUUCCUAUCUUGAUGCCUUUUACUGUCAACUUCACCAUCACCAACCUGUACUACACAGAGGACAUGGAAAACUCAGGCUCUGAGACAUUCAAUGCUACUGAGAGAAACCUGCAGCACCUGCUCAGGACUUUGUUCAAAAACAGCAGCAUUGGUUCCCUCUAUGCUGGCUGCAGGCUGACCUUGCUCAGGGCUGAAAAGCAUGGAACAAGCACCAGAAUGGAUGCAGUCUGCACCUACCACCCAGAUCCCACAGGCUUUAGGCUGGACAGAGAGCGGCUGUACUGGGAGCUAAGUCAGCAGACCCAUGGUGUCGCUCUGCUGGGCCCUUACACCCUGGACAGGGACAGUCUCUGUGUCAAUGGUUAUAACCCUCAGUACUGGAUCCCCACCACCAGCCCUCCGAUGACUCCUACAUUCUCUCCAGGACUUCCUACUUCUCUACCUCCCGCCCCCAGCUCUACAGCUGCAGGUGUGGGUCCUGAACUGGUGCCAUUCACCCUCAACUUCACCAUCACCAACCUGCUCUGCACCCCAGACAUGAGGCGCCCAGGCUCCAUUAAGUUCAACUCCACUGAGAGGGCCCUGAAUCACCUGCUUGGUCCCUUGUUCAAGAACACCAGUAUCGGCCUACUGUACUCUGGUUGCAGACUGACCUUGCUCAGGACUGAGAAGGAUGGAGCAGCAACUGGAGUGGAUGCCAUCUGCACCUACCUUCCUUACCCUAUGGGCCCCAGACUGAACAGAGAAGAAUUAUACCAGGAGCUGAGUCAGUUGACCCACAGUGUCACGCGGCUGGGCACCUACACCCUGGACAGAGACAGUCUCUAUGUCAAUGGUUAUAACCAUCGGUACUGGAUCCCUACCACCAGCACUCCAGUGACUUCCACAUUCUCUCCCGAAUCUUCCACAGCUCUGCCCCUCCCCAUCUGUGUGAGCCUGUCUCUGGUGCCCUUCACCCUCAACUUCACCAUCACCAGCCUGCGCUACACAGAGGACAUGGGAUCCCCAGGAUCUCAGCUAUUCAAUUCCACAGAGAGGACCUUGAAUCGUCUGCUCAAACCCUUGUUCCAGAACAGCAGUAUUGGGCCUCUCUAUUAUGGCUGCAGGUUGACGUUGCUCAGGCCUGAGAAAAAGGGAGCAGCUACCGGAGUUGAUGCUGUUUGUACUUACCAUCCUGACCCUGCGGGCCCUAAGCUAGACAGAGAGAAGCUGUACUGGGAGCUGAGCCAGCAGACCCAUGGUGUCACCCAGCUAGGCUCCUUCACCCUGGACAAGAACAGCCUCUAUGUCAAUGGUUACAACCACUGGACCUCGGCCCCCACACCCAGUGCAACGGUUCCUUUCCUGGUGCCAUUCACCCUCAACUUCACCAUAACCAACCUGCACUACGAAGAGAGCAUGCAGCAUCCAGGCUCUUGGAAAUUCAACUCCACGGAGAAGAUCCUGCAGGGUUUACUCAAACUCCUGUUCAGGAAUAGCAGUCUGGGAUUCCUCUAUUCAGGCUGUAGAUUGGCUUCCCUCAGGCCUGAGAAGGAUGGGGCAGCCACCAGAGUGGAUGCCAUGUGUACGCAUCGCCCCGACCCUGAAGGCCUGGGACUCGACAGAGAGCAGCUGUACUGGGAGCUGAGCCAGCUGACCCAUGGCAUUGCCCUGCUGGGCCCCUACACCCUGGACAGGAACAGUCUCUAUGUCAAUGGUUUCACCCAUCAGAGCUCUGCACCCAUCACCAACACUCCAGGGACCUCCACAGUGCACCUGGGAACCUCUGGGACUCCAUCUUCCUUUCCCAGCACCAGCCCCAUGGCCACUGGUCUUGCCCUGGUGCCGUUUACUCUCAACUUCACCAUCACUAACCUGCAGCACCAGGAAGGUAUGAGUCACCCUGGUUCCUGGAGGUUCAACAGCACCGAGAGAAACCUGCAGCGACUGCUCGGACCCUUGUUCAAGAACACCAAUGUGGGCCCCCUCUACUCAGGCUGCAGGCUGACCUUGCUCAGGCCCGAGAAGGAUGGGGCGGCCACUGGAGUGGAUGCCAUCUGCACCCACCGCCCUGACCCCGUGGGCCCUGGGCUGGACAGAGAGCGGCUGUACCAGGAGCUGAGCCAGCUGACCCGCGGCGUCACCAGGCUGGGUCCCUACACCCUGGACCCGGACAGUCUCUACAUCAAUGGUUACACCCGUGAAACCCAGGCUACCACCCCCAGUGCUUCUAUGGUGGCCACAGUUUCUGCAGGGGUACCAGCCUCCUUCUCCAGUCCCACAGCUGCUGGCCCUGCCCCGGUGCCCUUCACUCUCAACUUCACCAUCAUCAACCUGCAUUACACGAAGGCCAUGCGCCCGGGCUCUGCGAAGUUCAACUCCACGGAGUCAGUCCUACAACGCCUGCUCAAGCCCUUGUUUGCCAACAGCAGCAUUGGGUCACUCUACACUGGCUGCAGAGUGACCACACUAAGGCCUGAAAAGAGUGGAACAGCCACUGGAGUGGACGCUGUCUGCACCUACCAACCUGACCCCUCGGGUCUCCAGCUGGACAGGGAGCGGCUCUACUGGGAGCUUAGCCACCAGACCCAUGGUGUCACUCAGCUUGGUUCCUACAUCCUGGACAGGGACAGUCUCUAUGUCAAUGGUUACACCAGACCACCACCGACCUCCAUCCCCAGUGUUCCCGUGACUUCCACGCCCUCAGGGACCUCGGCAGCUCCAAUCUCCUUCUCCAGCUCCACAGUCUCUGGCCCUGACCUGGUUCCAUUCACCCUUAACUUCACCAUCACCAACCUGCGCUACACGGAGGACAUGCAGCUUGUGGGCUCUGCCAAGUUCAAUGAAACAGAGAUGAUCUUGCAGAGCCUGCUCAGACCCUUAUUCAAGAAAACCAGUGUCGGCCCCCUCUACUCUGGCUGCAGACUGACCUCGCUCAGGCCCCAGAAGGCUGGAGCAGCCACCCGCGUGAACGCCGUCUGCUUCCGCCGCCCCGACCCCACCGGCCUCGCGCUGGACAGAGAGCGGCUGUACUGGGAGCUGAGCCGGCUGACCCAUGGCGUCACCAGGCUGGGCCACUACACCUUGGAUGAGGACAGUCUCUGUGUCAGUGGCUACACCCACCAGACACCGGUAACUGCCACCAGUGCCCCCGGACGACCGCUGGUGCCAUUCACUCUCAACUUCACUGUCACCAACCUCCACUAUACCGAGGACAUGCAGCCUCCAGGCUCCCAGAAAUUUAACAGCACAGAGAAGUCCCUGCAGCUCCAGCUCGGACCCUUGUUCAAGAACACCAGUGUGGGCCCCCUCUACUCAGGCUGCAGGCUGACCUUGCUCAGGCCCAAGAAGGAUGGGACGGCCACCAGAGUGGAUGCCAUCUGCGCGCACCGCCCUGACCCCGUGGGCCCUGGGCUGGACAGAGAGCGGCUGUACCAGGAGCUGAGCCAGCUGACCCGCGGCGUCACCAGGCUGGGUCCCUACACCCUGGACCCGGACAGUCUCUACAUCAAUGGUUACACCUAUGGAACCAUAAUACCGACUACCACUACUGGGGAGGUCAGUGAGGAGCCAUUCACACUGAACUUUACCAUCGACAACCUGCGCUACUCAGCGGAUAUGGGCCACCCCGGCUCCCUCAAGUUCAACAUCACAGACAGCCUCAUGCAGCACCUGCUUGGCCCAUUGUUCCAGAGGAGCAGCUUAGGAGCCCGAUAUGCAGGCUGCAAAGUCACCUCACUAAGGUCUGUGAAGAAUGGUGCCAAAACAAGGGUGGACAUCCUCUGCACCUACCGGCAGCCCCCCAGCAGCCCAGGUCUGCCUGCCAAGCAGGUGUUCCAUGAGCUGAGCCGGCAGACCCGCGGCAUUACCCGGCUGGGUCCCUAUUCUCUGGACAAGGACAGCCUCUACCUCAAUGGUUAUAAUGAACGUGGUCCAGAUGAGCCUCCUACAACUCCUGAGGCAGCCACCACAUUCCUGCCUCGUUCAUCAUCACCUACACAACCAGAAGCCACCACAGCUAUGGGAUACAACUUGAAGACCCUUACACUCAACUUCACCAUCUCGCACCUCCAGUAUUCAGGGGACAUGAGCAAUGGCUCAGCUAUGUUCAACUCCACCAAGAGGACCCUACAGCGCCUGCUUGGAUCCUUGUUCCAGAAGAGCAGUUUGGGCCCCUUCUACUCAGAUUGCAGACUAAUCUCCCUCAGACCUGAGAAGGAUGGGCCAGCUACCCAUGUUGAUGCCAUCUGCACCUACCGCCAUGACUCCAUGGGCCAUCGACUUGACAGAGAGCAGCUUUACUGGGAGCUGUACCAGCUGACCCAUGGUGUCACCCAGAUGGGCUACUAUACCCUGGUCCAUGACAGCCUCUUUGUCAAUGGCUAUGCACCCCAGAGUUUAUCUACCCAGAGGGAGUAUCAGCUAAAUUUCCGCAUCAUCAACUGGAACCUCAGCAACCCAGACCCCACAUCCUUGGAGUACACAGCCCUAUGGAGGGACAUCCAGGACAAGGUCACCAAACUCUACAGAGGCAGCCAGCUACAAGACAUAUUCCACUCCUGCCUGGUCACCAAUUUGACGUUGGGCUCCAUGUUGGUCACCGUCCAGGUACUGUUCUCUUCCAAUGUGGACCCCAGCGUGGUGAAGAAAGUCUUUCUGGACAAGACCCUGAACGUCUCAUCCCACUGGCUAGGGGCCACCUAUCAGCUAACGGACCUUCAUGUGACAGAAGUGGAGCCACCAGCUCAUCUUCCAACAGACAUACCAACAAGCAGUCCCAGCCCUGACCACUUCCAGCUGAAUUUCACUGUCACCAACCUACUCUAUUCCCAGGACAUAGCCCAGCCAGGCACCACCAAACACCAGCAGAACAAGAGAAGUAUUGAGAAUGCGCUCAACCAGGUCUUCCGAAACAGCAGCAUCAAGAGUUUUUUCUCUGGCUGUCAAGUUUUAGCAUUCAGGUCUGUCCCACACAGCAGCCACACUGGGGUGGAUUCGCUGUGUAACUUUUCACCAUUGGCUCGGAAACUGAACAGAGUUGCCAUUUAUUUGGAAUUCCUGAGGCUGACCAAUAAUGGCACCCAGCUGCAGAACUUUACCCUGGACAGAAACAGUGUCCUUGUGGAUGGGUAUUCUCCCAACAGAAAUGAUGUCUUGACUGAGAAUUCUGACCUCCCCUACUGGGCCAUCAUCCUUAUCUGCUUGGCAGGACUCCUGGUACUCAUCACAUGCCUGAUCUGCUGCUUCCUGGUCACCGUCUGCCGGCGGAAGAAGGAGGGAGGCUACCAGGUUCAGCAGCACAGCCUGGGCUAUUACCUGCCUCACCUGGACCUGAGGAAGUUGCAGUGAAAGCUCUGCCUGGGAGCUCCCAACAGGAAUAACCUCAUUGGGAUAGGAAUAAACCACAUUGGUUGGACACAGUCUCUGGGCCCUUCUUGACUUGGCCUCUGACUGGUUCACAGGGGA